AUGACUACUACUUGCUUCGAUUGGACUCUCCUAGAGGACAUUCGACCUGCUCUCCUUCAAAAUGCUCUUGGCGUCAAGGGUAGCGAAAUGACCACAGCUCAUCUUCAAGAGCUUGACAGGACGGGAUUGGAACUUGGAGCGAGCCCUUUUGCACGCGAGAAUGCGAAAAACCUGGCGACUGGAUAUGGCGACCUUGUCGUGGUUCUUCUGGAGCCUACCGACAAAGCCGAAUCAUAUUGCUAUGAUGUAAUGAAGGCUGCUUCACCGACGCUUCGACUCGUAGACGAAACAUUGGAAAUGGCCUUCGCAGGUCAGCGCAAUGUCGAGAACACAAUCUUACUAGAUCGAAGGCCCUUUCGCAGCGCCAAAAUCCAGCGCUGUGAAGAUGGAGAGACCCGGGAACAAAACAAUCAGAGAGCCUACCAGGGGUUUGAAGCGGUAAUCGCAAUUUUACGUCCUAAGGUCAUUGUUGUAUGUCAAUGCCGAGAUACAGUACCUGAUGGGCAGCUUUCGGAUCAGUGGUCAUCUUCAAUCAGCAAAAGUGGAGACUACGACAUCGUACCACUCGGCAACGGACACAGAUGCUUCCGCAUUUAUUCAUUUCACCCAAUGCAUUUCUAUUACAUUAACGAUGAAGAGAAGCUCCUACAGCGAGUACUUUCAGAAUACUUGUAUAACGCAACGUUUGUAGUCGCGGCAAAUCUCUUAGCUGGCCGUGAGAUUUCUGGAUUCGGAUUAUCAAAUCUCAGAAACUGUGCCCGACACGGACCAAUCGGUAAAUUCUCUGAAGUCGGCGUUACAUUGACUUAUCAAUGGGCGAACGAAGAGAGUCGUUGUUCAGACGAGCUAUGGGCAUUGAUGAAAGAUGUGGGGCUAUCGUCGCGCGCGAGUCCCAUAUGAGACGAUUCUCGCAGAGUAUCGUGCAGACCUUCUAGAUGGCCAAAUCGAUGGAACCAAUCUGGACGGGCCGAAAGAAGACGUACUCACAAGAUAUCGCUCCAGGAUUCCACAUCUUCCUACUACUCCGCUACAAUUUGCUACCUAGUUAGAUAGAUGGAUUUUUGAGGC